UACAUUACGUUUCUGUUUUGUGUGUGAUAUUAACGUUUAUACAUCUGACAUGGAUCCAGAAAUUGUCGGUGAGGAGGUUGACAAGACUACUGAUGUGGUCAAAAAGAAUAAUGCAUAUUCAGAGAUUCGAAAGCGUCAACUGCAGAAGCUUGGAAAGCCCAAUGGUUGUGGAAAUACUACGAGGAAGAACAUGCGCGUUAAUUCCGGAAUGCAUUUUUCUACUUAUGUUGGAACUCCGUACCACAAAUUGAAGAAAUGGUUUACACAGCGACGUAAUAAAGGACGACAUUGCGUUGAACAGGGUUCUUCUGACACAAAGAAGCAGGAAGGCGAACUAGAAACGACACAAAAUGAACUAACAGUCCGCAAGCUUCCCGGACUCCCGCUCCUACCUAUGUUUCCAACGACAACCCAGCAGACGACACAAACGGUGCGGCAGACGACAUUGAAUUGGAAGAUGCAGACGAUAACCCAACAGACGCACACCAAGCCCUUGUGUUGGCCACCAGCAUACCAGGCCGGCCUGGUCUCCCACGCUUCCCUCCUGCCUUCCUUGUCCAGGAUCCUGGUCGACCAUCUCAAGGAGAACCCUCAUCUCCUCACCCCCGUCCACCCCGCAAAGCGCCGUCGUGUUGAACACGAGGUGAGCGACUGUGACGCUGUCGUUCUCGACAAAGUCAAGACAUGGCUGAUGACACAGACUACAGACAACGUCAACGACUGCGAAAACGACGACCCUUCCAGAGACAACUACGACAUGAGUGUCCUCGACACAAGCGUUGACAAACGAAAACGCCACGCCUCUGAUGAUGUGUUAGAUUUAAGUUGCCCCAAGCGAUUGGAAUCCCCAACUAGCAGCAUACCAGAUGAUGUCUCCGUUAUGUUCAAUAGUUACCAGAAUAUCUCGCGAUUAAGUUUUGAUUCUGAAAAGUCAAAGGAAAUUGUCGUUACAAAGGCAUACAAGCAUGGGGACGAGAAUGGACGUCCCAAUGACGCAAUGUCAGAAAACGAAAACUGCCACAACACCGAGAGCAUUGGCUGCCCGGCCUUGAGGAACAUACAGGGAAAACAAGCAUAUAUUCCUCCGAGCGUGAGGAAUUAUCUGUGAUAUAAUAUUAUGUUUAUACACACCCUGUGAAACAAGACGUUAAUCCAGGCCCGGGGCAGUUAUUGUAACGGGCCUGUUGUAACGGGACAGCAUUUUCUGUGAUAAAGACUUAUGAUUCCCCAUGGUGCAGU